CUCACAGUCAUACAUAGUAACAGUGUUUUCUCACCUUUCUCCUCCAUUUUUCUCAGGAGAAUUUUCUUGUGUGUUUUUUUUUUUUUUUUUCCUUGUUCUCGUAUUUGACUCAAUCAAAGGAUACUAUAUACGCGUACGGCGUUCCUUUCUCUUUCCAGAGAAUACACAAAAUUUCUCCACAUUUUCUCUUUCUAUAUCUCCGCCGUCGCCGGAAAAUUGAGUUUCCGGGACUAUAAUUCCGCAUUUGUGAUCCGUUGUAUGUCUUGAAAUCUCAGGUGGUGCCCCCAGUUGCUCGAAUUUAGUCCACCUGAGUACGGCUAGCACAGUUGGAAUACCGGCGCUUCGGGAAAACUGUUUGUUCUUCAGAUCUGUUAGGAAUUCUAGGGCUUAAAAAUAGUCGAUUGCUGGUAAUUCCAAACAGAGGUGGUAGGGAGGGGAUUGGUUUUUGUUUGGAUGGUAGUAUACGGACUGGACGGUGCCGUGCUCGUCAAAGCCGCCGGCAAAGGAGUAGCUGAUGAUGACCAAAGGUUUUGAGAGUGGGAGGUGGCGGGGGCGGUGGCGCGGAACGGGUUUCGCUAUCACAUGGAAUGGCAGAUCUUGUUAGCUAUGGUAGUGCCGACCGUGACAUUGAACAGGCAUUGGUUGCUCUAAAGAAAGGUGCUCAACUCCUCAAGUAUGGGCGCAAGGGAAAGCCUAAGUUCUAUCCAUUCAGGCUUUCUAGUGAUGAAUCAUCUUUAAUUUGGAUUUCUAGUAGUGGUGACAGAAGUUUGAAGUUAGCUUCUGUUUCAAGAAUUAUUCCAGGACAAAGAACUGCUGUAUUCCAUAGAUAUCUGUGUCCUGAAAAGGACUACCUAUCAUUCUCCCUCAUCUACAACAACGGGAAAAGAUCCCUUGAUCUGAUUUGCAAGGACAAAGUUGAGGCUGAGGUUUGGAUCACUGGCCUAAGAGCAUUGAUAUCAGCGGGUCAAGGUGGGCGCUCAAAAAUUGAUGGAUGGAGUGAUGGAGGCCUCUAUUUUGAUGAAAAUCGAGAUUUGACAUCAAACAGUCCAAGUUCAAGUUCUGUUAGCGCUACAAGGGAAAUCAGCUCUCCAGAGGCUUCCAUUGGUUCUAAACCGAACGCUUCUCCCAACCACUUUGGACGUGAUUCUGGUAGCUCACAUGCAGCUUUGGAUCUAACAAAUAUGCAAGUAAAACCUAGUAAUUCAGAUGUGUAUAGGGUUAGUGUUUCCAGUGCGCCCAGCACUUCUAGUCAUGGUUCUGCCCCAGAUGAUUGUGAUGCUUUAGGUGAUGUGUAUAUAUGGGGUGAGGUGAUAUGUGAUAACAUUGUCAAGGUUGGACCUGAAAAAGAUACCAGUACUGUGACCACUAGAGCCGAUGUACUUCUUCCUAGACCUUUAGAAUCCCAUGUUGUUCUGGAUGUGCACCAUAUAGCUUGUGGGGUCAGGCAUGCAGCCCUUGUCACUAGACAAGGCGAAGUUUUUACAUGGGGCGAAGAAUCUGGUGGGCGUCUUGGCCAUGGUGUUAGGAAAGAUGUUACUCAACCUAGCCUAGUUGAAUCUUUAUCCUUUUGCAGCGUCGAUUUUGUUGCGUGUGGUGAGUUUCACACUUGUGCCGUUACCUUGACUGGUGAACUUUAUACAUGGGGAGACGGCACACAUAAUGCUGGCCUUCUGGGCCAUGGUUCUGAUGUCAGUCACUGGAUACCUAAGAGAAUUUCAGGUCCUCUCGAGGGACUUCAAGUUGCAAUGAUUGCUUGUGGUCCUUGGCAUACAGCCUUAAUCACGUCAUCUGGACAGCUCUUCACAUUUGGUGAUGGAACAUUUGGUGUGUUGGGGCAUGGAGAUAGAGAAAGUGUUUUGCUCCCAAGAGAGGUUGCUUCACUGUCGGGAUUAAGGACAACUGCUGUUGCAUGUGGAGUGUGGCAUACUGCUGCAGUUGUGGAGGUCAUUGUGACACAACCUAGUACUAAUGUUUCAUCUGGAAAACUGUUUUCUUGGGGAGACGGAGAUAAAAAUCGCCUCGGACAUGGUGACAGAGAACCCCGACUCCAGCCUACUUGUGUGUCAGCACUUAUUGAUCACAAUUUUCACAAAAUCGCCUGCGGGCAUAGUUUAACUGUUGGCUUAACCACAUCUGGGAAUGUUUUCACAAUGGGAAGCACUGUUUAUGGUCAACUUGGAAACCCUUAUUCUGAUGGGAAGUUACCUUGCUUAAUAGAGGACAAACUUGCUGAGGAAUGUGUGGUACAGAUUGCAUGUGGUUCGUAUCAUGUGGCUGUUUUAACCUCGAAUAAUGAGGUAUACACAUGGGGUAAAGGAGCUAAUGGAAGGUUGGGGCAUGGAGACAUAGAAGACCGGAAGACACCAACUCUAGUAGAAACCUUAAAGGAUAAGCAUGUUAAAUAUAUUGGGUGUGGGUCAAAUUAUACUGCAGCAAUUUGUCAUCACAAGUGGGUUUCUAGUGCCGAGCAAUCUCAAUGCUCAGCCUGUAGGCAGGCUUUUGGUUUCACGAGGAAGAGACAUAAUUGCUACAAUUGUGGACUUGUGCAUUGCCAUGCAUGUAGUUCGCGGAAAGCACCAAGGGCUGCUUUGGCUCCUAUACCAAGCAAACCAUAUCGGGUAUGCGAUUCCUGUUUUAACAAACUUAGUAAGGUGGCAGAGGCUGGAGCCAAUAACAGGAGAAAUUCUGGGCCCCGACUCUCUGGCGAGAACAAGGACAGAUUGGAUAAGGCUGAGUUACGCUUAGCUAAAUCAGGCUUGCCUUCUAAUCUUGAUUUGAUUAAGCAAUUAGAUAGCAAAGCAGCGAAACAAGGAAAGAAAGCUGAUUCUUUCUCAUUGGGUCGCUCUUCACAAGCACCAUCUUUGUUACAGCUGAAAGAUGUUUUAGCUACUGUUGGUGACUUGCGUCAACCAGUUGUGCGGCCCGUUUUAACUCAAUCUGGUUUUAGUUCCAGAUCUGUGUCCCCUUUCUCUCGGAGACCUAGUCCUCCUCCACGUUCAGCAACACCAGUACCUACAACUUCAGGACUCUCAUUCUCCAAAAGCAUUGCAGACAGUUUGAAGAAGUCUAAUGAACUUCUAAAUCAAGAAGUUCAGAAAUUACGAGCCCAGAUAGAGAACCUCAAACAUCGAUGUGAACUCCAAGAAUCGGAACUCCAGAAAUCAACAAAAAAGACUCAGGAUGCCAUGGUUCUUGCUGCCGAGGAAUCUGCUAAAUGUAAAGCUGCAAAGGAGGUGAUCAAGUCGCUUACAGCACAGCUCAAAGACAUGGCCGAGAGAUUGCCACCUGGGGCUUACGAUGCUGAGUGCACUAGACUGCCUUACUUACCAAAUGGCAUGGAUCUGAAUGGGGAACGCCAUUCAAGAUCUGAUUCAAUUGCCAGCUCUUACUUAUCCUCUCAGGUCAGCAUAGAUGCUAGUAUCCACAACUGUAUGGAGAGUCCUACCAAGGGUUCUGGGUGCAAUGAAACUAAUCAAUUCAACCAAGCUCGUGAAAUUGUGACGACGUCCAAUGGUAUGGAUGAUCCACCACCGGAUGUUAGCAACCGUUCAUCUUUAGCCGUUGACAAAGAAGAAUCUGGUCCUCCACAAGACACUGAAAAUGGAGUAAAAUCUAGUAGAAACUCUGUGGUUGCUAGCAAUGCUAAUCAAAUCGAGGCUGAGUGGAUUGAACAAUACGAGCCCGGUGUGUAUAUAACACUGGUAGCCCUCCGAGAUGGAACUAGAGAUCUCAAAAGAGUGCGCUUCAGCCGUAGAAGAUUUGGAGAGCACCAAGCGGAGACAUGGUGGUCAGAGAACCGUGAAAAAGUUUACGAGAAGUAUAAUGUUCGUGGAUCGGACAAGUCAUCAGUCUCCGGCCAAGCUGCCCGAAGGACAGAAAGAUCUGUUUCUCCGACGUCCCAAAUUAGCAACAAAUAGUGGAAGAAAUUGUUUUGUGCAACUAGUUUUCUUUACCCAUUUUAUUUACCAUUGUAGUGCGCCAAAGCCUGGUAGUUUUUUUUUUUUUUUUUUUUUUUUUUUUUUUUUUUUUUUGCAAGAUCAGAAUAGCCGAUUAGCCAAAACUGCAUCGUUCUGACCCUUCUUUUGGUCCUAUUUUUUACGUUAUCGUAGUGUACCGUGUAUAUAAUAUCAUAUCAUCCAUUAUUAUAAUUAGUGAAAAAAAUCGCUUCCAU